CCUUUGUCCGUAUUUUAAACGCAUGCUCUGUUGCGUUUGACGCUUACCGGCUUUGUGCGUUUUCACUUCCUUUCAUUAAUAAAAGGACUCUUCUAUAUUGGAAAAUAAUAUUUUUUUGAAUGAUGUCAAAUGUUGUACAGGUUAGUGAUGGAGUAUUCAAGGAGGUACUUCGUUUUGGUUCUGGAAAUAUACCUCAGCGUGGUAGUACAAUUACAGUUCAUUGUACAGGAUGUUUAGCUAAUCCUGUCAAAAAGUUUUGGAGCACUAAAGACCCUGGCCAAUCUCCAUUUACAUUUCAAGUUGGAUUAGGAAAAGUCAUUAAAGGAUGGGAUGAAGCAUGUCUCACUAUGCAGCAAGGUGAAAUUGCGAGAAUAUCAAUUCGAUCAGACAAGGGCUAUGGAAGCCAAGGUUUUCCUGCUUGGGGAAUUCAUCCCAAUGCAGAUUUACAAUUUGAAAUUGAAAUUUUAAGCAUUCAGUAAAUGUAUUUUUGAUGUUUUUGUGGAAUUUGAUCUACUGUGUAGAUCUUUUUAUAAUUUCUUUAAUUCUGUUUACAUUUCCUUCCUUACAUAUGUCUUAAGUGUUUACUAUAAAAUAAACCAUUCCAGUUAUAAGGAAAUAAAAACUUUUUAUUUGACUUUUUCCACUCAGAUACAAGCAAAACAUAUUUAAAAAAUAUAUAAUUUUAAGUACUAAUAAAAAACAAUGAAGUCUAAAAUAUUUGAUCACAUAGUCAGAAUUGUAUAUUUGACCUAGUGUUUUUUAAGUGUAUUUAAGGAUAUCUUGAUUAAUAAAAGAGAAUUAAAGAGUUUGAAAAUUACAAUACGUAAAAAUGCAUAAAAUACUGAACUAAUUAAUGCACCCUAGUUCCAAUAUAAUGCAAGCGUUAUUAUGGAAUUAGAUAAGUAGCAUUAUUAUUAUUUUUAGUAAGCAAAACUGCAAGCCGUAAUAUCACAAAUAACUGAAUAAAGAAUCAGAAUAAAUCAAAAAUACACUGGUCAUUCAUACAAGUGAUGUUAUUUUCCGGGAAAUAUUAAUAAUAAUAUACUAGUAUAUUCAACAAUUUUUUUUAAGUUGAAUUUGGUUAAAUGUAUAAAAAUAUGACUUAUUAAGAGGUUUUCUUUGACUAAUAUAUCACAUUAUUUUUCAUAAAAUUAAGAAAACCUUCUAGAUAUAAAAAUCAAAACACUAUAUACAUAAGUACUUUGGUCUUUGAAAUUUUAGACUUAACUUAUUGUAAAUAAUAACAUAAGCAAGAGCAGACAUUUAAUGCUUAAGGUCAAAUAACCACUAACAUUUGAGGAGUAUGAUUUGGACAUAUUUUUACUAUUUGUAAUACUCAGUAAAAGAAUCAUUGCAAUUUAGGUUAUAAUCUUAUUUUCUUCACAAAAUAUUCUUUGGUCAUUAAAUUUUCUUGUCUCCAAGCAAAAACUUUACUCUGAAAGGAGUCCUGUUCUUGGAAAGAAAGAGAAUUUAGUUCUUUUCCAGCAAAGCCAUAGCAUGUGGCAUCUUUUUUUUUUUUUUUUUUUUUUUU